GGUCACCUUUUCUCAGUUGCAAUGACGCUGACACUUCGAUAUUUAUUAUUAUGGACAAUGUAGAGCAAACUGGAACAAAAUCAGCAACAACACCAACAGACUCAUUAGCGCCGUCUCAAGGCACUGCCUGUGCAGCCAAAUCGCCAUCGAACGUUUUAACCAACGCGACUUCGACAUCGUUUUGGAAAAACAGCGGUCGAGCGGUGCCUGGACGGCCCAGUCCCAAACGCGACUUUCACGACAACAGCCAAUUGGUCUCAGGUGCUGCGGGCGCGGUGCUACGUGAUCGUGGCAACGGCACCGGCAUGGUUUCCACCUUUCGUGACUAUCAACAGUCUGUGAGUGAUGCAUGGGACACAGGUGACGAUGAGUUUUGCAUCAUUAGUAGCUCGGAGGCUGCAGCUGUUGCAGCAGCUAACGAAGUGCCGCGCAUAUCGCGCCAAGUGUCACAAUCGGUUGCACUUAAUGUCAUCGAAACACAUUCGCGAAGUAACCAAAACCACGUCAUUCCCAAUGAGAACAGUGAAAGCGGGAUAAACAAUGCGGAAAUGAUAGCUGCCGGUUGCAGCUUUGCAGAAGACAAUAAAGAAGACUCAAGAGGCAUGCACGAUAGUAAUGAAAACAGAUCCCGUUUACGCAACUAUCCUGGUCGGCCGCAGUUACAGAAAAUCAGCUCCAACUCACAAGAUGGCGAAUAUGAAACAAAAAUUGAAAAGUUUCAAUUGUUAAUGGACUUGCCGCAACUCGAUUUGGUGGCACUCAAAAAGAUCAGCUGGUCGGGUGUGCCGCGCAAGAUGCGCGCUGUCAGCUGGCGUUUGCUAUCCAAAUAUCUGCCACCAUGCGCUGAGCGUCGCAAUGCGGUGCUGCAGAGCAAGCGACAAGGCUAUCAAGAUUUGCGACAUAAUUACUUUAAAGUAGACAGUCAGGAUGAGACACAGCAGGACACCUAUCGACAGAUACAUAUUGAUGUGCCACGCAUGAAUCCACAAAUACCGCUCUUUCAGCAGAAGCUUGUGCAGGAAAUGUUUGAGCGUGUGCUCUUCAUUUGGGCCAUACGUCAUCCCGCCUCGGGUUAUGUGCAGGGUAUCAAUGAUUUGGUUACGCCCUUCUUUAUUGUAUUCCUGCAGGAGGCGCUGUCGCCGGAUACUGAUUUAGAGAAAUAUGAUAUGUCUCGACUGCCGGAAGAAACACGUAAUACUAUCGAAGCAGAUUCAUUUUGGUGCCUAUCCAAGUUCCUGGACUGCAUACAGGAUAACUAUAUAUUUGCCCAGCUGGGCAUACAAGAAAAAGUGAACCAACUGAAAGAUCUUAUACAACGCAUAGAUGUUAAUCUGCAUCGUCAUCUACAAACGCAUGGCGUUGACUACUUGCAAUUCUCAUUUCGAUGGAUGAAUAAUUUGCUAACACGCGAACUGCCCCUGCAUUGCACCAUACGCCUCUGGGACACAUAUCUAGCCGAAUCCGAUGGCUUCGCGUUAUUCCAUCUGUAUGUGUGUGCAGCAUUUUUACUACACUGGAAGGAGCAGCUAAUGCAGCAAAACGAUUUUCAGGGUCUAAUGCUGUUGCUACAAAAUCUGCCAACCCAUAAUUGGUCUGAUCGCCAAAUAAAUGUGCUGCUCGCUGAGGCGUUUCGCUUAAAAUUUACAUACGCGGAUGCGCCCAAGCAUCUGUCAACGAAGAGUUGACAAAACCCAACCACAAAACCCAAAACACUGCAUAUACGAUACGUAACAUAGAAAUUAGUUUACAACAACUUGGCGAAAUACAUAGACACACAAAUCGUGCAUAUACCAUUAUAUAAAGUUUAUAUUAUAAACCACUUGUUAUUAGCUCCUGGCGUUUGUGUGUUUUGUUUUACAUUUUAAUUUGUUUCAGUCCCACUUUUUUAAAAAUACAUAUAA